AUGAGUGGUCCAGAAGAUGCCACUGAUGGGAGGAAAUGGGGUACUCUAUGGCAGAGUGGUCAAGACUUGGCGGCGGCCUUGCAGAGGCACUCACAGGACGUUGCUGCCAAAAUACAGGUCCAGGCUCAUGACCUAGCCAAUCAAGUAUCCUCUAUGGAAUGGGGAGAUAAAGUGACCACAGCUGUCCAACAGGCCGCUGAGACUCUCCAUCGCGCAACGGCAGCCGCUGACUCACCCACCGAGAAGCUUAGCAGAAGGAACUCUAUUAUACAGCUGGCUGAUCGGAUAUUCAUAAUACCCUUCCCUGAGAAAAAUAGGGCCGCCUCAAUUGCCGCGGCCCUUCCUGGCAAUUGCAAGAUUUUCAACAUGUCGGAACGGAGGUACGAUCCUUCAGAGGUGUUCCCAACGAUGUCAGUAGUAGUGGAGGAUAUUACAUUCCCUGGCCUACCCUACCCACCUCUUAUCGAAACAGCUCAGAUCUGUCUUCAAUGUCAGAAGGGCUCUCAUAGAAGCCAGGGGGAGGCUGUUGUUAGUGACGGGGAGAUCAGUGCUGAGGUCACUGCAGUUGUCGAGCCUCGAGUAGCCGAGACCGAGCAGCCCCCUGCCGACACGGAGGGCGAUACAGAGGCUGGUGUUGGCAGCUCUCAUGAGGGGGAGAUGACCAUACCGCUCGAGUCGCCAGUUGAUGAUGCAGAUCUUGGUCUGGAGGAUCUGUAUGGUUUAACAGAAGUGGAUUAUACAGCAUGGGAUGUCCCAGAUGGCAACUCGCCUGAGCACUCGCUGUGA